AUGGCGACGCCCAGACCCCCGCGCGAGUACAGUGACACUCAGGAUGACGACAGGCGCAACUCCAUCUUCCGCAGGUCCUGGUAUGCCAUCACUGACAUUCUCUCGCCGUUCUCCCCCUCCGCGCUCGCCUCCCUCCCCAAGAAGACCUUUGCACGUCGCCCCCGCUAUACCCGCGCGGACAAUGUCCCCGAUGUACCGCAGAAUGAGGACGGUCAGAUGCCAACCGUCCGCGACUAUCAUGCUAUCAACCACGUCCCCCCGCAAGUCCGUGUUCCCAAGAAAAUAGCUACUCCGAUCAAAGUGGAGGGCAAAGUCUGGUUUGCGAACGAGCGCACGUGGAUAUCAUAUCUUCAGACUGCCGUUCUGAUUGGAACGCUUGCGCUCGGGCUGUUCAAUGCGUCGAAGGAUGAUGUUGCCAGGAAUUUCGCGUACGCGUAUGCUGCGUUGAGUGUCGUUGUGCUCAUAUACGGUUAUGCUCUAUACCAACAUCGGAUUACCAUGAUCCGCCGACGCGAUCCCGGCCACUUUGACCAGAUCACAGGUCCGGUGCUCAUCAGCGCAUUUCUCUUCUUCGCCGUGCUUGCCAACUUUGUUGUACGAGUACGUGAGCUGCAGAGGAAGAAUAUCCCGACCGGGCUGCCCUUUGUGCUCUGAAUGUCUAGGCAUCAUCUUCAGUCGUUCGGCACCCUGACCGGUGUGAACACUUCACGUAUCAAACGUCGUCAGCUGCUCUGUCAAUUCACAUGCUAUGUAUCGAUACUGGCUCCGCAAUUUUACUUCUUUGACGUUCC